AGCAUGCGUCCAACGUCCGCCAUAUGGACGAACAAACAAACAAACACACACACACACACAGAUAGACAGCCAGACAUCUGGGGAGACCCUGACACAUGGAUGGCUGAUUGGCUAACUUGCCGGUUUCGCGUCUGUGUUGGCCCGUAGCGGGUGUGAACUAUCUGUUCGUUCUGUUGGCUGUACAGACAGACAGAGACCCCCAAACUUCAUCUCCGUGUGUGGAUCACAUCACAUCACAUCACAGACAUCCUCACACCAUCUCUUUAUCCCCAGUCAUCGCUCUCGUCGGCGAAUGUCUGGGGCACCAAAACGUAGCCAUUCUGUCGGUCCUGCUGGCCCCUUCCGCCACCAGACACACGGGAAGCAGACACAUCCCCGUGGCCAUGUGAGCCGUGUGGGUGUGUCCGCCGCCACACGCGCACCACGCCAUAGAGGGCCCCCAGCACCAACACGAAGCCGCCGGCCACAACCCAUGAGUAGCCGCCGCGAGCAGUGGCCAAUGGGGAGGCGGGCGAGUAGCCCCGCUGUGUGCUGACGAGGGAAGAAGAGGCCGUCUUGUCUCUGUCUGUGUCAGAGGCGGCGGGCAGCUGGCCGGUCUCUGCCCAGUGCGGUGUCUUGAUGGCCUCUCCCUCUGGCUGCUGCUGGUGGGCUGCUGGAUCGGUGUCCUCUGUGUGGACGGCCGCCUCGUGUGUGGCGGUGGCCGGCGGCUGGUAGUGGUGGUCGUCCUCAGCGGUGGCUGUGGUGUUUGUGUCGGCUGCUGCCUCUGUGGUCUCGCUGUCUUUGGGCACACAGUGGACGGCGCCCGUGGCGUCUUUGACACAGACCUCAUCGGCCCUCUCCGUGAGUGUGUCGGUGUGUGUCUCGUUGAGCCGCCGUCUCCCUCUCUCUGUGUGGGUGUCUGUCCGCUUGUGCGCCCAAAUGAGCAGGUCGCCCCACUGGCUGCUGGUGCUGCUGUCGUGUUGGUCUGAUGGGAGGUCCUCUGCAGUGGCCGACUCGAUGGCCGACGUCGACUGAUAGGCCGACGGCAGAGAGAACCUGACAAAAGACACACAGAGAGAGAGAUGUCAGCCGGUCGGUGUGCAGAGGGCUGAGUGUGUGUGUGUGUGUGUGUACCAGUAGUCGGAGUAUGUGUCUGUCGACCAUGGGCGAGUCAUUCUGUGUAUGGCCACGCCGCCGCCACGCAGCAGAGCGGUGACCAACCCAACGGCCUCAACUGAGCUGACAUUACACACACACAGACAGAGAGAGGGACACUCGAGUGUGCUUGUGUGUGUGUGUGUGUGUGUCUGUGUGUUGGUCACACUGUUGGUGUGUGUACCUGCAUUGGUUGGGUGUGCCGUCGAUGUGGUAUGACGGGCCGAGUGCGUCCACAAUGAUGACGUCAUAGCUCUCAUGGCCCUCAUCUGACAGACGCCGCAGCGCGUGUAGGCAGCCCUCACCCAAAGACACUGAACACACACACACACACACAGAGAGACAGAAAGUGGUAAAUAGGCAUAUAUGUCUGUCUGUGUGUGAAGUACCGUCAUUCUGUUUUGGUCUGUGUUGGAAUCCGAAGAGCCCCUCAGCGAUGAUCAGCAGAUUGCUGACGACAUCCACACUCACCAGCCUCACACCCUACACACACGACCGUCUUGACACAAUCCCUCCCUCCCCUGUAUGUCUCAGCUCACCCUCGGUGUGUCGUGGCAUCCCUCCCACACCCUUUGUGCCAUCACGCCACCACCAAACCCGAUAAUCAGCACAUUCAGUGGCGGCCGCGAUGACACCUCCCGUAUGUGUGUGUGGGUCUUGAUGGCCGGGCGGACGGCAUUGGGCGAGAAGGGGACGGGGGAGGGGCUGCUGCACUGAUCCGUCAACCUGAACACAGCCAUCCACACAUCCACUCAAUGCACUCAAUACAAAUGUCAGUGUCAUCAAGGUCACACACACACAUACCAUUCGACGAUCCACUUGACGUAUCCGAGCUGCUUUCCCCGCCCACCUCUCCCUUCGCCAGGCGCAAGAACUGCCGACAAUGGUCCAUGUGUGUUGUCAUGGUGGUGUUUAUAGGGGUCGGUCACAUCGGCCGGCGAGCAGCGGCAGAGGGGGACCAGGUCGGCACAUGACGACGACACCAAAGACGGAUGACGCAACCUGAAGCCAUCGACCUCCCACACGCAGUGUAUCGUUUGCGUGUGCGCGUCUACCUGAAUGUGGUUGACUGACCUUUCAAGGCAGUGAUCAGCGGGUCCCUCACAAGCAGCCACCGACUGGACAGUUCCCAAUCCAUCGCUCUUCCGGUUUCCCCUCAGGCUGCUGCUGGUGGUGUUUGCCAUGGGCACAUAAGUGAGCGUCCUCUCGUUGGUCACCGGGUCAACCCAUAUGCUCAUCUGCAUGUGACAAACGCCAGACAGACAGAAACAUGGCAGAAAUAUGAAUGCAUCUGGAAUGCAAAGCUGACCAUGACGUCCAGCAGCCCCUCUGCAGCCUCCUGGCACAGCAGCACACCGUGAGAUGGUGGCCGCGGCCGACUUCUCUGAGAUGCUGCCGCACCACCAAACACACAAAGCGAUGAAUCCCACUCAUGCCUGCUGACAGUGUGCUGCUGCUUACGAGGCCUGUAGCUGGCGCCCGUGCCCAUGACGGCAAGCGGCGCCUUUCUGAUCUCCUGUAUGACGAGGGAGAGGAACGCCCACGAGGCGAUGCUCCGCACCAACGCCGAUAUGUGACCCAACAUCGCCUGCAUCUUUCACACUCUUUCU